AUGAACAACCGAUUGACCAGAAUGAACCACUGCUCCACAAAACACGAGCAGCAGCAGAAUUUGCAGCCAACCACUCAGGUAUCCCACACUACCGUACAGUAUAGAGAGUUUACGUACCUGAUCGGGCAAUGCCACAUGCGCGGGUGCACUCAGCUGCCGACAGGCAAAACUAACUUUUGCUCAGACACACACGCACAAGAGCAUGUGACCACCCCACGCACACCAAAGACAUUCCGCAGCCACACAGCCCAGCCAAAGCAAUGUAAGCUCAGGGGAUGUUCUGAACUUAAAGAUGCGAAGUCCGGGUUCUGCUCAGUCGCACACAAACAGCUGCACGCCACACACAAAGCCACAGCAAAUGCCGCCAGGAAGGAGCAGCAGCGUGCGUCAGAACCGAAAUCUCACUCUGCUAUGACGAAGAAGUGCCAUCACAUGGGCUGUGACUUGCCGCCGAAAGCAAACACCAACUACUGCUCAGACGAUCACAAACACCACCACGCGCAGAUCUGUCACCUGCGUGGGUGUGUGCAUCUGCGGACAAAUGACUCGCACUACUGCUCACCCGACCAUGAACAGCAGCACCAGGUCAUCAAAUCAGCACGCAAAGGUGCAAACGCAAAGAAAUGUCGGCUCAAGAUUUGUCAAAACAUCCGAGAGCCAAACAUAGAGUACUGUUCGCCAGCCCAUGCGCCUGAGAGAGCCUUCGACAUGAGGCAAAUGGGCACACAGAUCUCAAUGGAACCCUUUCAACACAUCACAGACCAGACAUGCCAUCUGAGCGGGUGUGUGAACACCGCCGUUGCGCCCACCAACUACUGCUGCGUCAUACACGCUAACAUGCACGCAUACGCUGGAGGGCUGCACUUCCUCAACCACCCUGACAGACCCCAUCUUAUGCACACAGACCAGACGGUGAGUGGGUGCCUGCAGCAUACUAUGUACACGUGUGCUGGUGUAUGA